AUGCGGCCCAAAUCAGCCUGUGUCAUCUGUCGGAGGCGGCGGAGGAAAUGUAUACGCUCUUACCAGGGAACGACGUGCGAUUUCUGCGCCGAGAGGAACUUGCAGUGCGUUUUGAGCCAAGAGACCGAUUUCCACGAAGACGGCUACGAGCCCAUCGUUCCUCGACGGAUACAUGCUCUCACGCACAAGUCUAAGCUCCUUCCACCUCCAGACCUGUGCGAGGAGCUGAUCAAUCUCUACUUCCGCUACGUCCAUGUUUCGUUCCACGUCUUGUUUCACAAGCCGUCCUUCUUGGCCACUUUCAAGAAUGGCUCCUUGCCGAGGAUCCUCCUGCUCGCAGUCAUCGGCAUGUCGGCACGCUUUUCACAGCACGAGAGUCUGAUCAAGAAGCCACCGAAAGAGCGAGGUAGACCCUUCACCAAAGAAGCAGAGCGGCUGUUGAAUCUACACGACAUUUCCCUCACUACUAUCCAAGCAUGCCUUUUGCUGGGAGCGUCCGCCGUGAUCGAGGGUGAAGGGGCGACAGAAUCGGUUUUCUUCAGUAUUGCUUGCCGCAUGGGAAUGCUUCUAGACCUUCCUAAUGCGCCGGUCACCACGCGGAUUCAUCAGGAACUCAACUUUAGAGUGUGGUGGGCGCUGUACGAAACGGACACAUGGUCAUCGACGGGAGUGCGACUACCGAAGAUGAUGCCGCUGCGCAAUGUGCCGCUGCCUAUGGCCGAGAAGAGAUUCCUCGAGCUUCCAUCCACGGCGCCACCGAAUCGGACCUAUAUUGCUAGCCGAGGAUCCCCGACGGCGAAAUCACCCGUGCCACAGGACUCGCUGAUAGCGCAUUCAGUAGUGGUCAACCAAAUUUUCUCUCAGAUCGAUGCGGUGAACUCACGAGCCGUCUCCGGUGAGCUGCAAGGUGCUGAACUAACACAGGCUGUCGAGCGCGUGUCAGAGGAGCUGGACUCCUGGGCCUGUAGCCUUCCCGAGAGGAUGGUCAACACGUCCGAGAACCUGUUGUACUGGACAAGGCAGGGUUUCGGCAACAUAUUCGUCGUCCUCCACAUGGACUAUUGCCACCUAUGCCAGCUCCUCUUUUACCAGUUCCUCCACGGCAGCACGAACCACGCCUAUCACCAGCAGGGCCAGGAGCACCAUCAACUGAGGAGGAGCCAGUACGCGCAAAAAUGCAGAAAAUACUCGACGGACGUGUGCAACCUCAUCCACCUGGCGAGCGAGACCGAAGGCGCCGAACUCCUCAACUCGAUCGUCGGCCACGUCCUGGCCAUCGCCUCGACCGUCCAACUGCACAUUCUGCUCUUCAGCGACGACGCGGCGGACAUCCAGCGCGCGCGGCGACUGCUGGAACGCAACUUUGAGCUCCUCACCCGACUGAAGACCUUCUGGCCCUGCAUCGACAUAUCGUUUGCCCGGUUCGAGGCCUUUCACAGAGCCUGCCUACGGUGCCAGGACGACUCGCACUUCCAGAUGGACCAGUGGAUGCUCAAGUUCAUGCUCGAAUUUGCGGCGCCUCUCGCGGAGCGGUAUGAAGGUGAGGAGGAAGGGGGCCCCGAGGAUAGUGUGGUCCACCAACGCCCGUGGUCUUUGAUCAACACUGCGCUUUAG